AUGGAGAAUAGUGAACAGGCCACUAGCCCUGAGGGAGCCUCCAGGGUUUCAACGAGAACCACAUCUCGUGUACUAUCCAGGGACUACGCGGAGCAGAAUCUAUCGAGAUCGCCUUCCCAGAAUCAAUCUCGUGCUAGAUACGCCGAAUUCAAUUUUGGCCCAGCGACACUGCGUCAUCGCAUCAGUAGCCUACAAACGAGUCCGAAUCCAAGUCCUGGCCCAGCACGAACUUGGGGGAGAGAUUAUGCUGAAUCCAGCAGAAGAUCUGUCGCAAUUGCAGCGCCUUCUUCAGCCCGAGGGGAUGCUACUGAUGCUGCGUCCCGCAAAUUCUCUCUGGCAGGUCCACCACCUUUGGAUACCUUAGCCGCCAACCAACCAUAUAUUGAUCCGGGAUAUGCACAACUCAACCCUGCGUAUGAUCAGCCAAUGAAUGUCCGACCAGUAUGGGGUCUAGCCAAACCAUUGCCUCGUGUGCUGAGACCUGGUAUGGUUCCAGCGAAGGACGAGCUCGAGAAGGACGUCCAAGAGGAAGAAAGAGAGGCCCAACAGCCGCUGUCGACAGACGUUGAAGCUGGCAGAAUUGAACCCUCACUUAUGCCCGACAAGAUAUCCUCUCAGUUGGACACUAUCCGACGCGAGAGAGAAAUAUCUUUAUACCGAGCUUACCAGAACCAAUACCAAGAGUCGCCGGGAUUUUCACCAUUUGGCGCAGGUAGAAGACCUUCAGAUACACCAACCGAAACACUCCAUAACCGGAUUCGACCGGAAGAUACGAUUGAGGAGGAAGCGGGUUCCGAGCCACAACAGCCGGAACAUGUCGAGCCGCCAGAGCUGUCAUUGCCCGAGGCAGUAACGAACGUGAAGCAAGCAAGGGGGGAAGAGGAACCGAAAUACGUACCCUACGAAGAUGCAGUUCCUUUGGCAGCUUACAAGGCCGAGGACGAAGAAGUCCAUAAUUUGCAUACAUAUUGGUCGAUUAUUCGGCUACGCUUUCGAGAGCCGUUGGCCGAGCUUCUGGCAAUCAUGGUUCAAUACACACUCGGUUUCAGCGCAAACCUGUCAAUGACUGUUUCUCGUGGCUCAGCUGGCGCCAACGAUACAGGAACCUGGGCAUGGGGUCUUGCGACUAUGAUAGCCAUCUACAUCGCCGGCGGGAUAUCCGGCGCUCACCUGAAUCCGGCAAUAUCGCUCAUGUUCUACAUCUACCGGGGUUUCCCAUUGCGCAAAGUCCCCGUCUAUGUCGCUGCACAGAUGCUCGGUGCUUUCCUCGCGGCCUUGAUUGCAUUUGGUAUCUUCCGACCAGGUGCCAGAUCGACUGCAGCUUUACCACUGGCGCCAUCAGUGUCAACGGUAGUGUUAUCCAACUUCCUCACAUUCCCACGGGCCCCUUGGGUUGAUAGCAGCAUUGCAUACCUCGCCGAACUCAUGGGUACAACCAUCCUCACUAUCUCGGUGCUCGCACUGGGCGACGACACCAAUGCCCCUCCCGGGGCUGGAAUGAAUGCCUUCAUAGUCGGCCUGCUUGUCACCGUCCUCGGCAUGGCAUUCGGCUACAUCACGGGUCUAGCUAUGAACCCAGCCCGCGACUUUGGCCCCCGCCUUGCUAUGCUCGUUCUCGGCUACGGCACCCCCAAAACCCUCUUCGCUGACGGUUACUGGCUUAAGGUGGCAUGGUUAGGUCCUAUUGUCGGUGCAAUCUUGGGCGGGUUUCUUUAUGACGCAGCUAUAUUUGUUGGCGGCGAGAGUCCCGUGAAUUAUCCCACGAGACGAAUUCGACGGGCUGCGCGGAAGUGGAGGAAGCGGUGGAAAGCGAGGAUGAAUUUUCGACGAACAAAAAGGUGA